AUGAACGGGCAGUUGUCGCAUCCGUCCUGGACAAAUUGUUGGGUGGUCUUGAUUAGCGAACAGGACAUGCAGGCCUUGAGCUUGCUCUGGGUCACCUCUGUCGGCACGACAUGGUCGGCGACUUCUUCUCUGGCCAUUGCUGUGUUAGAGAGCAAUCUGGGGCUCGCUGGUAGUUGUUUCGUUUGCGUUUUGCCAAAUGUACACACGACGAACGAUAAGGAUUCUUAG